AUGCAAUUAUGCAAUUAGGCUGCACCCUACCUGGGAUAAAGGAAUGAAACAAAGUAAUCAACAUGCAUGGGGAAUAUUGGCCCUGGAUUGAGGAUUCCACACCUAUCGAGUGUAAUGAUAAUGUUUACAUGAACGAACCCUUCGCCCCUUCCCUGCACAAGCAGCUCACCUCUCUAAUCCUGCUGCAUGCUGAUUGGCUCUCACGCACGUGACGUCACAACGCCUUGACCAAUGGGGUCACGCGGCUCGCGGUGGAGAGAAGUAAGUUGCUUAGCUCAGCGCAGACUAUUUGUAGUUUAUUCAUCAGCUUUGUGGUGUGACGGUUUUAAGUACCAUGAAUAGCAUUAUGAACCCCUUGAUUAAUUCAUCGCUUCCCACCAUAUCGUCGAUGGUAAAACCUGACCCAGGAAAAAUGCCAACUAUGGUUCAUGAAUACUUCCCGCACUAUUUCACUCAGGUCUCCCCCUUCAACUGUGGCAGCCCGAACUUCAACCUUGGAAGUGUGGUUUCCUCCUUCCAACCCGCCAACAUGAGCAGCUCCUCGCACGGCUUCUCCAGACCUUGCACCUCCCAAGCCAUGCAGACCCCCUCCUCCACUAACCUCUCGCACAUUCACGCUCUGCAGAACCAUCAUGUUCAGCAGCACCAGACCGGACAACAUCAUGUGCCUUCCUUCCACGGCAGUCAGCACUUGGCUAGAGUUCAGGACCAACAUCUCCACCACAACCCUCACCCGGUCUCUCCGCCUCGCUUGUCGGAUGACAAACCCCUGUUGCUUACCUCCCCUGAAGCUCUCGGUAACCCUCCGGAGCUGAAAACUUUGGAAGACUUCGCUAAUGAGUUCAAGAUUAGGAGGAUUAAGCUUGGAUACACACAAACCAACGUUGGAGGAGCCCUAGCUUCAGUUCACGGAACAGACUUCAGCCAGACUACCAUCUGCAGAUUUGAAAACCUUCAGCUGAGCUUCAAAAACGCUUGCAAGCUGAUGCCCAUUCUCAGGAAAUGGUUGGAGGAGACGGAGAAAUCAGGGAAACACGGACAAGAGAUUUCACCGUCCGAGAGGAAGAGGAAGCGAAGAACUACGAUCGGAGUUUCAGCUAAGGAUAAUUUGGAACAGCACUUUGAACGACAAUCCAAGCCGUCCUCUCAAGAAAUCCAAGCAAUCGCCAAAAGUCUGGGUCUGGAGAAAGAAGUUGUAAGAGUGUGGUUCUGCAAUCGAAGACAGCGAGAAAAGAGGGUGAAGACGUCCUUGUCCAUCCAUCCAGAAGGGUUCGGAUUUUCUCAUCACCUCCAGCAGCUGAGUCAUCAUCACAACCACCCCCACCAUAGUUUCUCUCAUGGACUAUUGAUCGGGAAAACCGAGUGAAACAAAUUACAUCCGGAGAAUUCUUCGUCUCCAUUAUAGACAAAUAGAAAUGACUCGCAGCAAACCUAGUUGGAUUGAAGAAGGGUUUGAAACUGAAUUAAGUUCGGUGGACUUAUUAUAUGCUCGAGAAAGAAGUAAACGUUAGAUCAGAAAGACAUUUUGCUGAUACAUUUUAGAAAAAUUAAAACUGUUGCUUUGCUGUUUAUGAGUUAGAUGCUUAACUUGCAGUAAGUUUUAUUGAUAAAUUAUAUCCAUCAUUUCGUCGAAGAUCGUUGCGAUCUACAUCGAAGGUCAUUAAGCACAAUGCACAUUGCGAAAUUUGACAACAUGACAUGAAUUAGCGCUGAAACCGUUGCACAAUAACUUCAAUCUACCCUUAAGCAUGAAUAAUUUUCCAGUAAAAUUGUUCCGAGAUUUGUUAAGUGCACAGUGCAAGUUGAAAAGUGAUCUUGACGUUUGAGAAUAGCUACCGAGAUGUAAUAUUUAUUUGACGAUGAACCAAUCAAAGACUUAUAUUCGACGUCCGCGAUUUUUAUUUUUGUUGAGAUUAUAUUUCUGUUGAAAGUGUAUUUUUAAUUUGUUUAUCGUUGAU